ACUGAAGGCGAGUUGGACCAAAAACACUCAGAGUUCAGUGACUGACUGGACCUUCUGUGUUUUCAGCUUCACUCAGAGACAAAAUGGCUUCCAGACCAGAGAAGGACCUCUGCUGUCCGGUCUGUCAGGACGGCUUUAAGGAUCCGGUUGUUCUGUCAUGCAGCCACAGCUUCUGUAAGGAGUGUCUGAAGAACUGGUGGAGACAGAAACCAGCAGGAGAGUGUCCAGUUUGCAAGAGGAAAUCUUCAAGAGAGGAACCGACUUUAAAUCCGGCUCUGAAGAGACUCUGUGAAUCAUUCUUAGAGCAGAGAGAGCAAAAAGCUUCAGAGAGUCUCUGCAGUCUGCACUCUGAGAAACUCAAACUCUUCUGUCUGGACCAUCAGCAGCCAGUUUGUCUCGUCUGCAGAGAUUCAGAAAAACACAUCAAGCACAGAUUCAGAGCCAUCGAUGAAGCUGCUCAGGAUCACAGAGAGAAUCUGAAAACAUCUCUGCAGCCUUUAAAGAAGAAACUGGAGCAGAAGAAGGAAGUUAAAGAGGAGUUUGAUCAGACAGCAGAACACAUGAAGGUCCAGGCCCGACACACAGAGAGGCAGAUUGUUGAGCAGUUUAAGAAGCUUCAUCAGUUUCUAGCAGAGGAAGAGGAGGCCAGGCUGGCUGCACUGAGGGAGGAAGAGGAGCAGAAGAGAGGGAUGAUGGAGGAGAAGAUGGAGGCUCUGAGCAGAGAGAUAGCAGCUCUUUCAGACACAGUCAGAGCCACAGAGGAGGAGCUGAGAGCUGCAGACGUCUCAUUCCUGCACAACUACAAGGCUGCAGUGGAAAGAGUCCAGCGCUGCCCCCUGCUGGAGGAUCCACAGCUGCCCUCAGGAGCUCUGAUAGACCAGGCCAAACAUCUGGGCAACCUGGCCUUCAACAUCUGGAGCAACAUGAAGGACAUGGUGACCUACACUCCUCUGGUUCUGGACCCAAACACGGCGAAUCCAAAGCUCCUGCUGUCUGAAGAUCUGACCACUUUGACAUAUGGAGAGGAACAGCAGCUUCCUUAUAAUCCAGAGAGGUUUUAUGACUUGUGGCGGUCUGUUCUGAGCUCUGAGGGUUUUAACUCAGGGAACCACAGCUGGGAUUUUGAGGUUGGAGACAGUGAAUACUGGGAACUUGGUGUGUCAGCAGAGUCUGUCCAGAGGAAGGGAGACAGAGCAUCUGGCUGGUUGGGUAUCGGCUUAUAUGAAAGUAAAUACUCAGCUUGUUCUCCACCAGCUCCUCUCAUUUUCCUUUCUGUCCAGAAAAGACUCCAGAGAAUCAGAGUGAAUCUGGACUGGGACGGAGGAAAGCUGUCGUUCUCUGAUCUGGACACUAACACACUUAUACACACCUUCACACACACCUUCACUGAAAACAUGUUUCCAUUCAUCGCCACUGAUAAUAUAGUAAAAAUCCUGACAAUGAAUAUCUCAGUGAUGAAACAGCAGCUUUGAUGUUGUCAGUAUGAAGAACGUAAGUUCAAAUCAAAGCUGCAAGCAGCCUCAUACGGCCCUUGCAGCUCUGCGCCACUCCGGCCUCACGGCAGCCACCACCUAUCAUAAACGCUCUCCCGCUCCCAUCCACUAGGGGGCGCAUUUGACAAAUCUUCCAAAUAGACUCAAUGUGAGUCCAGCAGCAUGCCUUAAAAGUUUGGUUUCAAGACAGGUCGGGUGUUGAAGGUCGAAGGAUUGGCGAGUACUUCCAACUCGCCAAUUAUGUGUGCUUAUUGACAAUUAAUGAGUACAGUUUCAAUCUUAGAUCAUAAACAGGGUGAAAAAGGAUAAUUGUCAGUAUUUUCUCUCUGUUGGGUGCAAAACAUGGCUGCCAGAAACUCUGUACGUCUUGGGAAAUCGUAGAAGUGUUGUGAUAUUCAUGCCUCUGCAAUAAAGUAAGGUCAAUGUGCAGAGUGCUUGAAUGUUGCCAGGUGGCGCCGUUGAGCACCACCUGGCAACAUUCCUUCAUCGCGCUGAGCUUAAUAAAACUUUAUUGAUCUGACCGCAGAAGAAAAGUCAGGAUUUCAUUCUAUCAUCUCAGCAGAUCUUUAGUUUAAUGGAACCAUUUAGUUUCUCCUGUGGUUUGGAGAAAGUUUAUAGAAAAACCUAGAACAUUGACCUGGAGGAUAAAACUGUUAGUGUUUGACACUUAAAAUCUGUCCAGCAUCAACCAAGCGUUUCUGUCUGACUUCAUCUCUGCUGCUCAUCUUCAUGGAAACAUUCUGGGUUUAGUUUCUGUUAAAUGACAUUGUUGUUCAUCUUUGUUUAAAGAGCAAAACUGUAAAUUGGCUUCAAGUAUGAAAAUAAAGAGUAAACUGUU